AUGGACAAGGGGGAGGAAGACGACGAUGAGGAAGCCUGGCUGCAGCUUCGGCCGGUGGAGCCCUUGCCCUCCCAGUGCUGCGGCAGUGGCUGCUCACCCUGCGUGUUCGACCUCUACCAGCGAGACCUAGCAAGUUGGGAGGCAGCCCGAGCCAGCAAGGACAGGAGCCUGCUGAGUGGAGAAGAGACACAGACCUGUCCUUCCAAGCUGAGCCCAGAGACCUUCCUAGCCUUCUGCAUCAGUGCCACGGACAGACUCACUAAGGACACCUACCUUGUCCGGUUUACAUUACCUGGGAACAGCCAGCUCGGCUUGCGGCCUGGCCAGCACCUCAUCCUACGAGGGAUAGUAGAUGGCUUAGAAAUUCAGAGAGCCUAUACACCCAUCAGCCCUGCCAACGCAAAAGGAUACUUUGAAGUUUUAAUCAAGUGCUACCAGACAGGGCUGAUGUCCCAGUAUGUGGAGUCCUGGAAAGCAGGAGACACAGCUUUCUGGCGAGGACCUUUCGGAGGCUUCUUCUAUAAACCAAACCAGUAUGGUGAGCUCCUCAUGCUGGCUGCUGGCACUGGCCUGGCCCCCAUGGUGCCCAUCCUGCAGAGCAUCACAGACAACGCAGAGGAUGAGACCUUCAUCACCCUGGUCGGCUGCUUCAAGACCUUUGAGGACAUCUACCUGAAAACCUUCCUCCGGGAGCAGGCUCGUUUCUGGAAUGUCCGCACCUUCUUUGUACUCAGCCAGGAGAACUCCCUAGAGCAGCUUCCCUGGAGUUACCGGGACAAGACCCACUUUGGCCGCCUGGGCCAGGACCUGAUUGAAGAGCUGGUCGGCUCCUGUCGGAGAAAGCCGUUUGCAUUGGUCUGUGGCUCAGCUGCGUUUACCAAGGACGUGGCCGGGUACUUGCUGAGCGCAGGCCUGGCCGAGGACUCCUACUUCCUCUUCUAG